AUGAGCUACAUCGCCCGCCGUGGUCUUUCGACCCUGAUCCCUCCCAAGAUCGCCUCUCCCAACGCCAUCGGUGCUGCCCAGGAUGCUGCCCGCAUGGAGCGUGUUGUGAACUUCUACGCCGGUCUCCCCCGUGGCCCUGCUCCCCAGGUCAAGGCCACCGGUCUCAUCGGUCGCUACAAGGCCCGCUACUUCGACCAGAACUCCGGUGUCCCCAUCGUUCACGCCAUCGCCGGUAUCCUGAUCCUCGGCUACAGCAUGGAGUACUACUUCCACCUCCACCCGAAUAUUGUUAUGGCAGAGCAGAACAGCCGCGAUGUGGUAGAUCAGACCCUGUCGGGCGGCGAGCCUUCGCCUUCCGACGUCCCUGCAAGCACCACCGACAAGCCGACUCCCCAAGGGGACGUGGGAGAAAUUCAACAUAUCGCGACCAGUUCAACUACGCAAUCUUCGACGGAUCCGCACUACAACGACGAAACGAGACAGACGCCUGUAUCGCAUACCGAGAGUACUGGAACUGAUAAGGAAACUGGGAAGUCCUUCGAUGGUGGGUCUUGCUGCUGA